CUCCACACUUGCGGCCAUUUCAGUUCUCUUUCUCUCCUUUGCACACUUUCUCCGCAAUGGCGUCUUCACCUAAUUCUAAACUGCUUUCAAGCAUGUUCAUGCCUGAACUCCAACGCCAAUUGGCAGACGAUCAGUCCUUGUGGCCAAACAUUAAAGGCCUCUUCGUAAUUACUGUUAAUAAGAGGAAGAAGCCCCAGGCCAAGUGGUGUUUGCUCUUCCAAGGUAAUCAGGUCGAGCCAAUCAUAACCAUGGAUGCCGAAAUGGCCAAGGAAAAGGCCAAAGCUGCCAGAGCACGCACCGUUCGCAUUACCAUUGAUGACAGCGACCUCGUCAACUUUGUCACCGGCGGCUUGACUGGCGUGCGCGCUUACAUGUCUGGCAAGAUCAAAGUCAGAGGCGACUUGAUGCUGGCGCAAAAGCUGGAAGAGGUAUUUAACAAAACGGGAGGUCAAGAAAGAGCCUUAGAGUUUUUGAAGCAAAAUGAAAAGGAAGUCGCUGCCAUCACAAAAGCAAAGCUGUAAAGGCGCAUGGUUUCAAUGAAACAAAAACACACACGGCUAUCUAUGGCAUUCUGCUUUUGACUACCACCAAUUCCUUUCGCUGGUUUCAUUAGCGACCAUGUCUAUAUUCCCUCAGCGAUUUACAUGGAAUAAACGCUUGUUUUCGAG